AGCUGCACUUGUUAUAAGUAUGUAUGUUUCAGUAAUUUCCUACAUAAGAGUGCGGUACUAUCUCCCAGUAUGAAAUUCGACAAAUUUUAUCAGUCUCUCAUUGUAGUUAUAGUUUCGCUUGUUCUAAGCGGCGAGUGCGUUCCCAAAGCGGGUAACUACAGUAUUGGUUUUGAAGGAUUUAACAGUGUCGGUACAAAUAACCAUACAUCUUCCGCUGGACAUCGUCCAAUUGGAUUUGAAAAUGUGCACAAUCGCACCUAUGGCUAUUACACUACACCUCCGCCGAAACGUUACCCUAUAUCAACUAUCAAACCAUCACGUCCGAAAGUUACUAAAUCUCCUGCAAGGUACGUCACUACAAUGUCACCUUCGAAGAUAGCAAAGAAGCCACUGAUUCUCAUGACCACCUUGAAACCGUCGUCAACACGUAAACCGCCAACAACAAAACCACCAAAGCCGAAAGCAACACAUCCCACUACAAAAAAGCCCACGGUACCCACGCUACCACCGUCCAUUUAUGUAAAACCAAACAUUUCCAAGGUGCUGUUACCACCUCGUCCGCCUAUGAUAGUCGACCACACAUCUAAUGGAAAGGCCAUGUAUGUAACAACCACCAUCAAUCCCAUUGCCAAUGCUCAAAAUUGGGAUUUCACCCUUUUCCACCACUACUUACAAAAUUUCACCUCAAAGGCAGAACACACCAAACAGACAAUACAUCAACCUACCAAAGGAGAUACGUUUUCUUACUAUUACGACAUAUCACACUACUACAAGAACCCUCAUAAGGCAUCCAGCAUUUACAAAGUGCAGGUAAACAACAUAAGAAACUGUGCGACAAACACGUCCAAGGUGAUGUGUUUACCUAACACGAACGCGUUGUGCCUAACGAACGGCACAAUAAUGUGCGUAACGCAUUUAUCUGCGACGAUUUCGUGCGAGAAUGGAUCGAAGAACUGUGCCAUAACCUACGUACCAUGCGACGUCCGAUUCCAAACGUGCCCUGAAAGUGAGUUUUACGUGGGAGUGCCGUGCGUGUCAAACGUUCUGCUGUUACCGUCAUCGAACGAUUUUUACCAACAUGUCACCCUAUCCCCCAUCGAGUACUGUGUAACGAGCGUUAUACAACCCAAAAGGUUAUACUCGGCGGUCGGUCCACUAUUUUCGAUUCUAUUCCAAAGUGUUAAAAAACAGUACGAAAUGUUGAGUGAUAAUAUCUUUAGAUACAAUAAUCCAGUGUUUUAGUUUGGUAGAUUUCUUUAGAUUAGUAGGUAUGUAGCUGAAUAAAGUAUAUACUUUGAGA